UUCAAUUUGACUAUUUUUUAUGAAUUUUGGUAAUAAUGAUGAGGGUUAUUUCUCUAGGGUUUGUUUUUAGGUUAGGUUGAUUCUGCAUUGAACAAGGUUGGUUUGAAAAAUGUGAAUGUUACUCACAUUUUGACCGUGGCUUGUAAACUUCCACCUGCACAUCUUGCAGAUUUCAUCUAUAAAGUUCUAUAUGUUGCUGACAGAGAAACUACCAACUUAAAACAACAUUUCAAUGAGUGUUUUGAUUUCAUCGACGAAGCCAAAAGAAAUGGUGGACAUGUUUUGGUUCACCGUAAAAUGGGAAUAUCGAGGAGGUUUUCUCGCUAUCUCACUUCUUCACAACAUUGUUCACGUCCUUCCUGCUAACUUAGACUGCGGCUGCUUCUCUAUUUGUCAGGUAACAAUUUCGAUGCUUUUUUCUUCGUCUCACUUCUCACGUCAUACUCAUACCCUGCUACUUCUCUUUUACACAUGCUACUGCUUUCUUUGUUUAAUAAUAUUUUUUUUGCCAAUGUUUGUUUACUCUUACUUUUUCAUUCACUUUUGUCUUAUGUUUAUUGUGUGUUCCUUCAAUAGAGAAUCACGUAUUUGUUAAAGUUCAAAAGCCACCUAUUUUUAUUCAUCUUUCAUACAUUCUUUUCUUUGAUUUUUGUUUUAUUCCUAUUUUAUGUAUGUGUAAAAAAUAAAUUAAAAAUGUAUUUUUUGAUUCAUUUAUUUUAUAUAGUAUUUUUUUCUUAUAUUUAAUUUUUUAAUUGUCUUUCUUUAUGUAGUUGAAAUGGAUGAUGAACAUGUUUUUCAUUAUCUUCUUUUAUGGAGGAUGUAUAUCCAUAUUUUGGCAAUAUAUGCUGCUAGUUUUUUUUUCUUGAAUUUCAUUUUGAGGGAUGAAUAUGAGAGAAGAUCUUUGAAUGAAAGAGCUUUAACUAGAUAUGAGUCAAGGAGGGAUAUUUUGGACUCUAUCAUCAAUGCAAGUGAUUCUCAUUGCAUAUGGGAACUAAGAAUGUGUAGAAAUACAUUUGCACAUCUUUGUGAGGUUUUAAGGGUACGAGGAGGAUUAGUGAAACUUAGACAAGUGACAGUUGAAGAGAAAGUUGCUGUAUUUUUAAAUGUACUCGCUCAUCACACAAAAAAUAGAAGUAUUCAAGUUAGAUUAUCUAGAUCAGGACAAACGAUAAGCAAAUACUGUCAUAGAGUGUUGGCUGCAGUUUUGAGGUUAUGUAAUGAUUUACUUGCCAAACCUGAACCAGUACCUCAAGACUGCACUGAUGAAAGAUGGAAGUGGUUUAAGGGAUGCUUAGGGGCUUUAGAUGGAACUUAUAUAGCAGUUACACCAAGUGCUUCUGACAGACCUAGAUAUCGUACGAGGAAAGGUGGUCUUGCAACAAAUGUUUUAGGUGUUAUAGGCAUGCUCGGGCAAGGAAUGUAAUAGAGAGAUGUUUUGGCCUAUUGAAGAAACGAUGGGCUAUUUUAAGAAGUCCAUCAUUUUAUCCCAUUAGGACACAAUGUCAAAUGAUACUUGCUUGUGGUUUAUUGCAUAACUUCAUCCGCAUGCACAUGGCAUCUGAUCCAGAAGAAUCUGCUCCAUUAGCAGAAGAUGAGUUACAUGUGGGUGAGGAACCCAUUGAUGUAGUGGAAACUAUUGAACCCAGCAGCCAAUGGACUCAAGGGAGGGAUGCACAUGCACAACAAAUGUUUAAAGAAUUUAGGAAUAGACAUAGGCAAUAAAGAUAAAGUAUUUUAUGGAUAUGGAUCUUUCUUUAGAUUUUAUUUUCUCUGUGGUAUGAAUGAAGUGUGAACUUACUAAAAUGUGAUUGUCAUGUUCAUUUAGUUUUUGUUUUCUUCAUGAUAUGAAUGAAGUGUGAACUUAUUAAUAUGUGAUUGUCAUUAUCCUUAUUGAACUUAUUAAUAUGUGAAUGUCACAACCUUUUGAUUU